GUUACAAGAGCUGGCAUCAAGGAGCUAGCUGAAGGAGAUCAGUCUCACUCGCAAUGUCUCCGACGGUGAAGAAGGUUCCACAAAUGGACGCAAUAACUCAGUCAUCCGACGACCAUAACCUAUCAAACGGGUUCAAAGACAGAGAUGCAGAUUCUUCAAAUGGCUGUGAGACAGAGGAGGAACCUUUGCUUCGAGAAAACCCCAGACGGUUUGUGAUCUUCCCCAUCCAGUACCAUGACAUCUGGAAGAUGUAUAAGCAGGCCCAGGCCUCCUUCUGGACAGUGGAGGAGGUUGAUCUCUCCAAAGACUUGUUACACUGGGACCGUUUGAAGCCAGAGGAAAAACAUUUCAUCUCUCACGUCCUGGCUUUCUUUGCUGCCAGUGAUGGCAUUGUCAACGAGAACCUGGUGCAGAGGUUCAGCCAGGAGGUACAACUCCCUGAAGCGCGCUCCUUCUACAGCUUCCAGAUCCUCAUUGAGUCGGUUCACUCAGAGAUGUACAGUGUGCUCAUCAACACCUAUAUCAGGGACCUCAAGGAGAGGGAUUAUUUGUUCAACGCCAUUCAGAACAUGCCUUGUGUGAGACGAAAAGCCGAUUGGGCCCUGCAGUGGAUAAAUGACAGCAAAUCCACCUUUGGAGAGCGAAUCGUGGCUUUUGCAGCUGUGGAGGGGAUCUUCUUCUCCGGCUCAUUUGCUGCCAUCUAUUGGCUCAAGAAGAGAGGCCUCAUGCCCGGUCUCACUUACUCCAAUGAGCUAAUUAGCAGGGACGAGGGUCUGCACUGUGACUUUGCCUGCCUGCUGUACAGAUACCUGUUAAAAAAGCCCUCAAAAGACAGAGUCAAGGACAUCAUCACGAAAGCUGUUGACAUUGAGCAGGAGUUCUUGACAGAGGCCUUGCCCGUUGAUCUCAUCGGGAUCAACAGUUGUCUCAUGAAGCAGUACAUCGAGUUUGUGGCCGACAGACUUCUCACUGAACUCGGACUGGACAAGGUUUACCAAGCUGAAAACCCAUUCGACUUCAUGGAGUCCAUUUCUCUGGAGGGAAAGACCAACUUCUUUGAGAAAAGAGUCGCAGAGUAUCAAAGACUUGGAGUCAUGUCGAACAUGAUGGGCGGUGAAUUCACUCUGGAUGCAGACUUUUAAAUCAGCAUUCUAAUAAACGGUUGUUACAUUUGACUUAUUUAUUUCCGCUGAUGCAGUUUGACGAAAGCUUUGUUGAAAUGCACAUGGUCAUGUUCUCAUUUAGAACUCCAUAUGGAGGAAAAAAGUCGUAUAAGCUCUGAUCCGUGGGUGAGUGUCGGUGACUGGGAGUUGUAAAGUGUUUUAUUGAGUUUCAGUUGCGGUUUACGGAUUUUUAUGUGAAAUAAA